GAGAAGGCCCGGAGGGGCUUUGCCUUCUGGAGUGGCGCUGCUUGGGCUGGUGGCAGAUUGUAGGCUGCUGGCGCCGCGUCUGAGGAAGACAGCGAGUGGAUUCGGCAUUCCUUGUCGGUGUCUCCGCAACUAUGAGUGCUGCCAGGGAGUCCCAUCCGCACGGGGUGAAGCGUUCAGCCUCUCCAGACGACGAUCUUGGAUCUAGCAAUUGGGAGGCAGCAGACUUAGGUAACGAAGAAAGAAAGCAAAAGUUCUUGAGACUUAUGGGCGCAGGAAAGAAAGAACAUACUGGUCGUCUUGUCAUAGGAGAUCACAAAUCAACAUCUCACUUCCGAACAGGGGAAGAAGACAAGAAAAUUAAUGAAGAACUGGAAUCUCAAUAUCAGCAAAGUAUGGACAGUAAAUUAUCAGGAAGAUAUCGACGGCAUUGUGGACUUGGCUUCAGUGAGGUAGAAGAUCACGAUGGAGAAGGUGACGUGGCUGGAGAUGAUGAUGAUGAUGAUUCCCCUGAUCCUGAAAGUCCAGAUGACUCUGAAAGUGAUUCUGAAUCAGAGAAAGAAGAAUCUGCUGAAGAACUCCAAACUACUGAGCACCCUGAUGAAGUGGAGGAUCCCAAAAACAAAAAGGAUGCAAAAAGCAACUAUAAAAUGAUGUUUGUUAAAUCCAGUGGCUCAUAACUCCCAAACACUUAGUCUUUGUAUUAAAAGUAAGCCUUAUUGUUAUAAUGCACAGUGGAGGACUGCUUAUAGAGCACAGACCUUUGUAUUAUAAUUUUUAAAAAGGCCCUUUUAAAUAAUUACAAAGAGUGUUUGCUUUCAGAUGCCAUGGGUUACACUUUUAUGGGCAUGACUAUAACCAUUUUUUGUAAAGAGUAAGAGUUGUAUAAAAUAAGAAAUAAAUACAGUACUCAGUUUCCUUUCAUAUUAGCAUCAUCAAACCUCUAACAUCAUCACCUUUUUACCCCUUCAAAUAUAGUUAUGGUGGAGACA